CUCUUUCCUCUGAUGAUAAUCUCAUGAUUCCAGUUCAUCAAUAACGUACAAUGGACGCAAACCCUACAGAAGAAUUCACAAUAGAGGGGCCCAGUGCUGAAGAGAUAAGGUCACUAUCUCGACGAUUGGGAUUUGAUAUUGAAGACGGAGAGAUAUCCGUUUACCUAGAGGCGAUGACCAGUACUCUCCGCCAUAAUUACCAGCGGUUGCACGAACUGCCAGAGUCUACACUCCCCGUGAAAUAUCCUCGGGAAGCUGGUUACAGGCCAGGGCCUGCGGAAAACCCCUACAAUGCGUGGUCCUGGCGUUGUGAUGUGAUAGGUGCUCAGAGCGGUAAACUCCAAGGAAAAACCAUUGCCAUCAAAGACAACAUUCCAGUGGCUGGAGUGCUAAUGACUAGUGGAUCCCGGAUGUUAGAAAACUAUGUCCCGGAUCAUGAUGCCACUGUAGUGUCUCGGAUAUUAGAUGCUGGAGGGAGAAUCACUGGAAAAGCCGUUUGUGAGGAGUGGUGCUUCACUGCCACAAGCUGCACCGCAUUCACGGGGCCUGUUGUUAACCCUCACGAUGAAACGAGAAUGGCUCUCGGUUCUUCAUCCGGCUCAGCAGCACUGGUGGCGGGUGGUCACGUGGACAUGGCUAUGGGUGGUGAUCAAGGGGGAUCCAUCAGGAUCCCCUCUGCUGCUUGUGGAAUUGUGGGAUUGAAGCCAACAUACGGGUUAGUGCCAUAUACGGGCAUAGUACCUGUGGAUCUCUUGCUGGAUCAUACAGGACCUAUGGCAAGGACGGUUUCGGAUGUAGCUUUGCUCUUAGAGGUAGUAGCAGGACUGGAUGGAGACCUGGAUCCAAGACAACCCCCUGACCUAGGCACACCGGUUUCCUACAUCACUGAGCUCAAAGGAGAUAUUUCCACUCUGCGGAUUGGCGUUCUUCAAGAAGGUUUUGAGAUACCCGGAGCUGACUCGAAAAUUAUGUCUUUUUUGAGGGAGUCCGCUGGCCGGUUUUCAACACUGGGGGCUACUGUUGAAGAGGUUUCAGUGCCGAUGCAUUUUGAUGGUAAUUUUUUGAAAGCUCAACAACGACAACAACAACUUCAUUUGUUCCCCACAUUAAUUUACAUGAUUCAAAAAUUACUCAAUGGAUAUAAUUCCGACGCAAGAGGAUUUGUAGACACGAGUCUUCAAAAGGCCAUUUGGCGUGGUUUACAAUCGCACGCCAAUGAUCUGAGUGCUGCUGGAAAGUUAACCCUCAUGCUUGGCGCAUAUGUACAUGAAAAAUUCCAUGGAGUAUUUCACGGCAAGGCCAUAAAUUUAUCGCGAAAGUUGUGUGAGGAAUAUGAUAAGGCUUUGGAAUCUUAUGAUGUUUUGGUUUUACCAACAAUAGUUAAAAAGCCUCCCAAAGUACAGAACAGAAGCCAAAUGGAAUUUGGAACGGCGUUUGACUUCUGUCAGAAUACCGGCCCUUUUAAUGUCACAGGACACCCAGCCUUGUCAAUCAACGCCGGCUUCAGUGAUGGCUUGCCGGUCGGUAUGAUGAUUGUGGGAAGAAAGUUUGACGAGGCCACUGUUCUAAAUGUCGCCUUCGCUUACGAGAAGAUGAGAGACUCUAAAUCUCUUUAAGAACUUAAAAUUCUUACAUGA